AUGGCCCCAAAUAAACAUCCCAACGGCCAGCAGGCCAAACCCUUCACCCCCACAAUGAGUUCUACAUUUCGAGCCACAAAGAACCCUUUGACUCCUAAACUUGCGGGCUAUACUCCCACCCGCACUGCUCGCAAAACCGUGGAAACACAGUCUAGCCAGCAACAGAGAAAUGGAAUCUCCCGCGCCUCAGCUUUGAACUUAACGCCCUCUCUUGUGAGCGACAAUGUUACCCCCAAAUCGGCUUUCCGACUAGCCCGACGAGACGGAAGUUCUGCAGCGGAAACGGAAACGUCUCCGGCCUUACAAUAUCCCCCAUGUACAGCUACCAACUACGCCCCGCAAGUUGUCUCACCAGUCGACGAAAUUCCAAAGCGCAAUAACCCCACUGUAUCGAUAGCUCGGUUAGCGAGAGCGAGGAGUGUCGCAAACGAGACGCAGUUCGUUGCAUCGACUUCCCGCCCUACCUCAUCAUGUGGUAGUUCCGCAAACUCUUCCAUGUUUUUCCAUGUGAACGAUACUCGAUCCCCGCCGUCCCCACGCGAUCUUGACACCAGACCAGGGUCUCUACAGAAACAAAAUGCACCAACUACCUUUCUUUAUGCCGACGGGACCAUUUCCGAUAACUCCCAUCGGGAAGGUCCAAAACCGGCUACCCCAUCAGAAAAGGCACCCCGCGUUUCCUCGCUCAGACCGCCGGACCUCGUAUUUCCUCCACAAUCGAAACAGCCCUAUACACCACCACCCACAUUAACCAGAGAUUCCCAAAUAAUCCGACAUGACCGAAUGCCUGCAAGCUCUCAUUCCACACCAAGUCCGAUCGUUGACGCCCGACGAGACCAACAGUCACUAACCCAACAUGAAUAUCCCGCCAUGUCCUUAGAUAGCAUCAGGCGUUCUUCCCAUUCAAAAUCUACAAGUAUGGACACGUCGGAAUAUGGGAGACGUCAUAAACAGGAUUUGGUGGCACAUUUUGGCGGAAUCCCGCAUCUCGCAUCGACUAGCCACCAGCCUUCGCAAAAUGUGAACCAACAUGACGCCAAUUCGAGGAUUGUCAGCACUGGCUCUUCAAUAUCUGUGGAUACCAUUUGUCCUUCCCUCUCCGACAAUCAUAGCCCAGUCAAGGAGGACCUGCCUCACAAUGCUGAUAUAGAUAAAAUGAAUGAACUGGCAUCAAAUGCUCGCCGAGAGCGCAAGGUCCUUGAUCUUGAGAUCAGUAAUUCAUCCUUGUUGGCAAUCAACCGUACUCUUGAACGGGAAUUGAGGAAGCAGAGUGCAGAGCUACGCCGCUACAGGCGGCUGACCCGAUCUGGCUGCCUUUCCAUGACGGAGUCUAUUUCGUCAACCCUUGGACGACCGCGCUCUAGUAUUAGCGCAACAGACGACGAUCGCAGUGAGAACUCAGAUGAGGACCUUUUAAGCUCCAGCGACGAAGAAUCAACACAUUCCCAUACCUGGACUGCAAACAUAAAUCACACAACCGAACACGACUUAAAACAUCGAAUUGGAGAUGAGAAACGUUUUUUACUUGACCUGACAAAACAUCGACAACUUCUUAUCGACAGCCAGCAGAUGAAUCAAAGUAUCAGGCGCUGCCUGGGGUGGACUGAUAGUCUAAUCCAAGAAGCCAAAAAGGCACUGGACUAUCAUGUCCGUGUCAGCGACAUUGAUAUUGGGGGCAGAGUUCUUGCGCCCGAUGAGCUAGAAGGCGAAACAGAAGGUAGCCGUGGCCUGCUCAGCCCAACAUCUGUGGUAGCUGAACUAUAUUCCCCACCGAUGGCCAAGCACCCCACUCCUUCUGAUAUCAGGCUAUCGGACUAA